CAAAACCUUAUCAAGAAGUCGAUCCAAAACCCCUUACAAAAUUUUUACAAAACUCCCUUUUCUCCAACCUCAAAAAUCUUGAAAAAAGAAGAAGAGAGAGUUACUUUCUUGAAACUUGGAAAAAAUGACCACAAAAGAAAUGGAAGUAGUGAGGAAUUUGGAUGUUGAAAGAUACAUGGGAAGAUGGUAUGAAAUAGCUUGUUUCCCAUCAAGAAAUCAGCCCAAAAAUGGUGUAGACACAAGAGCCACUUACACUUUAAAUCCAGAUGGUACAGUACAUGUGUUAAAUGAAACUUGGAGUAAUGGCAAAAGAGGUUCAAUUGAAGGGACUGCUUAUAAAGCUGAUCCUAAAAGUGAUGAAGCUAAGCUUAAAGUGAAGUUUUAUGUUCCUCCAUUUUUGCCAAUUAUUCCUAUUACUGGGGAUUAUUGGGUUCUUUAUAUUGAUAAUGAUUAUCAAUAUGCUUUGAUUGGUCAGCCUAGUAGGAAUUAUCUUUGGAUAUUAUGUAGGAGAAAUCAUCUUGAUGAAGAGAUAUACAACAUGCUGAUUGAGAAGGCUAAAGAAGUUGGUUAUGAUGUGAGUAAACUUCACAAGACACCUCAGUCUGAUCCUCCACCAGAGAGUGAAAAUGCUCCACAGGACAGCAAAGGAAUUUGGUGGAUCAAAUCAAUCUUUGGAAGAUAAUAAGCAGUAAAUAUAUAUAUGGUUAAAAAAAUCUACAGAUAAAAAAAAGGGGGGUGGUGUUGUAAGAGAGUUUUGCUGUUAAUUCCAUAUGUUUUAAGGUUGUAUUUCCUAAGAUGUCUUUUUUUUUUUUCUGGAAUUUUGUAAAGUUGAUAGUAAGUAGUGUCAAGUGUGUGGUGAUUGUAAAAUAGAGUUUGUUGUCAAUUUUGCAUUUGAAUUUUAUGUAUGAAAAUGUUGUUGCUUUCUUUGGUA